GCAAGGUGACAGUAACCUUAAAAAUGGAGUUGAAAAGACUAAAAUCCAAUGUAAUAGACAAAUUGAGAAGUUCUUUCUCAAUAAACACAGUUUCACAGUGUGUAACAGAACUAGUCAGUAUCUGAUUCUCUGUAAUUUCGUGUCAUCAAUUAUAAAUUUCCAGGUUUUAAACAGCUUAGAUGCAAAAUCUACAGCCAUAGCAAUAAGGCUAAACUUAGUGUCUUUUAAAAUCCAAGUAGUGGACAACGGAGAUGGUAUCCUUGAGGAAAAUAUGCCCCUUUUGGGUUUGAGAUACUUCACUAAUAAGUGUAAGAGUCUGGAAGAGUUGGAAAAGUAUGUAAGUCACUAUGGUUUCCGAGGGGAAGCUAUAGCAAGCAUAGUGGCGUGCUCAAAAUCCGUCAAUAUCACAUCCAGGCAUCUGAAUACAGGUAACACCUACAGUAGAACAUUGGGGAAACACUCCAGUGUUGAAGUGAGCAGAACCAAAUCACGGCCAAGCGUUGGCACUACAGUUACGAUUGAAGGUUUUUUUCACAAUCUGCCAGUCAGAAGAAAACGGAUAAUACCCGAGUUAGAGCUAGAUGAGAUAAAAAGGGGGAUUGAAAGUUUGAUCAUAUUACAUCCGAAAGUGACGUUCUCGGUUAGGAAUGAUGUCACUUGCGAGCUCAUUUUGAAUAGCCAAAAAAGUCAGGACUUGAUAUCAUCUUUCAAACAUUUACAUCCCAACUUGGGCGAUGAUUUCAAUUUAAUGAAAAUAUCUAAAAACCAACUAACAAUCGAUGCUUUGAUCUAUAAAACUAUGUCGGAAAAUAAGAACCUUCAGUAUAUUUACGUGAAUAAGAGGCCUAUAUUCUCUUCAAAAAUACAAAAAUUAGUGGGCAGUUUAUUCAAGAAAAAUAAAAAAAAUGAUAGGAAAAAUCCAGUAGCUGCUUUAACCAAGUAUCCUGUUUAUGUGAUUAAUAUAAAAUGUCCAAUAUCAAAAGUUGAUGUCUUGUUCAAUCCCACGAAAACCAUGGUGGUAUUUGAAAAUUGGGAUAUCAUACAUCGUUGUAUCAAUAAAUUGAUUGAUUCAUUUUUUGGUAAAGACAGUAACAUGAAGAAAAAAGAAAAAUUUCUCAGUGAAGAAGAAUUCAAAAAAGAUUGUGGAGUGUCUCAAAUAGUUGGGGCUUAUAGAAGAUUUGGUUACAAAAGAAAAAAUGUAGAUGAGAAUAAUGAAAUGGAAAAAACGGAAAACGAUGAUGUCAUAGCAACACAAAUACCAGAAAAUGUUCAGGAAAAAACUUCUAGGAAUAAUAAACCAGUAUUGGAAAUAGAAAAUAAUCCAAAAGUUACUAGUGAACAUCAAUUUGAUUAUGGUGACAGUCUUAAUAUUAGUGAGGCAACUUCUUUCCAAGGAGAUUUCAGAAAUAAAAAGAAAUUUAAAAAACCCCUGCCCAUAACAGUAAGCAGAGCCAAAAUAGCGAAAAAUCAAAUGACUAAAAACGAUGAUAUUUUGCCUGAGAAGCAAGAUGAUAUAAAAUCAAGUAUUUCAAAAUUCACAGAUGAUCAAAAUAAAGGAAAAAAUCUCAUAAUGGACAUGUUUCUGAAAUCCACUCAAAUUUAUAGCAGUGAUGAAAAUCAAGACAAGAUGGGUGGAAGCCAAGAAACAAUUUAUGAAGAAGAAUCGAAUUUUCAGAUGGAAAAUAAUUACCAGACCAAAUUUAAGGGUAUGAGCAAUACUAUGUCUGUUUCUGUCAAUGUAAAAAGCACUAGAAAAAUCAGGAAAAGAAAGAAACAACAAGAGAAUCCCUCUAAAUAUGUUCAGACCUAUAAAGUAGCUAAAACAAUUGUUUCUAAAGCUGUACAGACCAGCAUUAAUGAAAAAUAUAAGAAAAAGGUGAGAAAACAUAGAUCAAAGGGUAUCAAAUUUGCUAUGAAUCCAGAGAAUUAUACUGUCGUGCUUUCUGAGAUUGGAAAAAAAUCGCAUUUCAAAUUUGUCACCAAAAAGGCUCAAGAAAAUGAUGUGGACCCCAACAUCCAAUUCAAUAUCUCCCAAAAAUGUCACUGCAAUUGUCACAAAGGUGAUAACAAACUUUUCGAUUUCAAAGAACAAUCAAUUAGUGAUAGUUUGUUGAAUGAAAAUAUCAAACUUCCCAAGAUCGAUUCACAUAUGGACCAAUUAUUGAAAAAAAAGAAAUUUGAAAAUCUUAUCAAGUAUCACCACCCAGUGAAUCAAUACCUAGGACCAAACAGAGGCACCUUUGAAAAUUGUAAUUUCAAUGUUGUAAGAAAAGAGAAAACAUUUCAGAAUUAUGAAAGAAGUCCGUAUUUCGCGCCAAAAACAUAUUUAGAUAACAAUUUAGUUUGCUAUCACCAGCAUCCUCACUACCCUAUCGGAUAUUUCAACACUGUUCAUGAACCUUAUAUACCAGUACCUUAUUUGAAUCUACAUCCUGUUGAAUUGAACAGAAAUUUUCGGACACGUAAUACCGCUGAACAUGACCAACCUCCAUUUAAUAAUGUUUUUCAAAAUAAUCCCAUUCUCAUGGAAAACAAAAAACAUUUUUAUAAAGAGGAGGUAUCGAAAAUUAACGACCCUAAUGACUGGACUGUCGGCACAUUUGGUCAGUUCAAACCGGUCCAUUUGAGUACACAAAAAGAUAAAAAAAAUAAUGAUUGGAGAAAUAGUUCUUUCAAACAGUUUGAACCUUUUCAUUUGAAUAAAGAAAAGGAAUGGACAAUCAAUUCCUUUGGACAAUUUCAACCUUCUUUAUUUAGUACACAAAAAAACGAGAAAACUGAUAUGCUGUUCACACCAUCUCCUGUAGAACAUUGCAAUCCACCCAUAGAAACUUCAAUAAAUUUAUUGAACGAUUCUCAAGAGAAUCAUCAAGAGGUUAUCGAAAUUUUGGAUUCAAAUAGUGAAGAUAUUGAAAAAGGACCUGAAGAAAUAAAAGAUGGGACUGUAUCAAAGCUUAAUGAUCACUCCAAACUCAUUUCUCUGAGCAAACAACGGACUCAAGAAAUUUUGGAUAAAGAAUUGGAAGGUGAAAAAAGUUUGUUAGCGAAAGAAUUUCUGAAUUGGGAUAGUCAGUUCACGCAAGACUUUGGAAAUGACUGGCUCAAAAAAUUCAACAAAUGUGGAAACUGCUACUACAUGAACAAAAAGACAGGGUUCACCACAUUUCAGACCCCUGAACUUGGCAAGAAACAGCAGUUCAAGUUUGGUAAAAGAUUCGAUUUUUUGCCAAAAGGAAUGUCCCCAAUUUUAACAGAAACUAAACAAGUUGAUAAGUCUUUGAGUCAAAAUGGCAAAGAUAAACUUUUAGAAUACAUAAUGGAGACCUAUAAAAAUGAGCUGCUUUAUAUCAAAUGGCAACACUACUUGAGUGAUGUUGAUCCAGAAACAUUUUUCAAAAAUAUUUACAAAGAGAAACUCAAAAUGUUUGAAGGGUGUAUUCCAGAUAUCAGUACCAGUAAGAAAAAGAAUAAUAUCAACAAUGUAAUAAGUUUCAAUAAAGAGUUAUUUGAAAAUAUAGAAGUGAUAGGUCAACUUGACAAAAAGUUCAUUGUUGUGUUGGACAAGAAAUCAAAUCUGCUAGUCCUUUUUGAUCAGCAUGCAGUUCAUGAGAGAAUCCGCUUAGAGGAACUGUUGAAAAAAUAUGAUGGUGCAAAGUCAGAGUGUGAUGAAAAAUUGGUAUUUUUCGUUCCGCAAAAUGAUUUGUCCUUGCUGCAAAAUCAUGAAUCAUACUUGGAUUAUCUAGGAAUUUCUAUGGAGAUUUUCGGAAAUGGUGUUAACAUUUCAGCUGUGCCCCUUUGUUUGUUCUCGAAAUUCAAAGAUAAUAAUUUUUCAGAUACAUUGAAUAAAAUGAUGCAACUGCUAAUCAAAGAAAUAAUUGAGCAUCUCAAAUCUACAAGAGGUGUCCAUUUGAAGUCCCUGCCAAAACUGUUACAGAAUGUUGUUAAUUUGGAAGCUUGUAGAGGUGCCAUUAAGUUUGGAGAUAGUUUGAGUAAAGAGAGAUGUAGAAAACUCCUAGUACAAUUAUCAUCCUGUGAUUUGCCUUUUCAAUGUGCUCAUGGGAGACCAACAAUUGCCCCUUUGAUUGUGCUGGAGUUGAAUGAAAAAAUCGGUCAUUCCAAACCAAAUUUCUUGAAACUGAAAUGAAGAAGUUAGGAAUACAAGGAAUGAAUAAAUGAUAAUUGUAUUUUGUAAACAGAAAACCUACCUAGAAUUAUGUAGAAAUUGGAAUUUAUAUUAUUUUCAAGUGAAAUACGUAGAUUGAGCAUAUUAAGUAUUUGUUAUUAAACCAUUAUAUACAAUUUAUAAUGUAGUAACAUGCUAAUUUUCCUGAUAUUUUGUAUACUACCCUUGAUUAUUAAUAAUCUAUUUGCGAUACCUACUCUCUGGAGUCCAAACUUGUGUUGUGGUUGUGACUUGUGAGCUCGUCUUGUGUCGCUUGUGAGGACUUUGGAAAAGCGGGGUCCCAUGAUCUUGUCCCGGGGUCUCAACUUUGUCAGGAACGACUGGAACGAGAGACAUUUUGUUUCUUCUUUUUUUAUCGUUUUAAUAAUUUGUUCCUUGGCUAAUCCUUGGCCAAUGGGGAAAAUUAACUUCACUUUUUACAUGAAGUUUGGCAACACUGAUCCAAAUUGACAAUAUUGACAUUAUUGACAUUGACAGAAUAAUGAAUAACUAACAAACUAACUGACAAAUUAGAAAAAAAAUCUUUCAGAAAGCCAAACAAGCGUUGUGGUUGGGCGCGAAGAAAGUGGUCGUAAAAUUACAUUUUUCGCACAUCCUCAACAAGAACAACGAAUCAAACAAAAUGGAGACCAUGGAAGUCGCACCGACCAUCAACAAUCACGUUAGCAAAGACUGCAAAGAAGAAAAAAUGGAAGACGUUCCUGCCGACGAGAUGACUUCCAGAGACUACUACUUCGAUUCCUACGCCCAUUUCGGCAUCCACGAAGAAAUGUUGAAAGACGAAGUGAGGACUCUUACCUACAGGAACUCCAUGUACCACAAUAAACAUUUGUUCGCCGGCAAAGUGGUCAUGGACAUUGGCUGUGGCACUGGAAUCUUGAGCAUGUUUGCUGCUAAAGCUGGAGCCAAGAAAGUGUUAGCUGUUGAGUGCUCGAAUAUCGUCGACUAUGCCAGACAGAUCAUUGAAACCAACAAUCUGGACCACAUCAUCACCAUUGUCAAAGGCAAAGUUGAGGAAAUUGAGCUCCCUGAUGGUAUUGAGAAGGUUGACAUCAUCAUUUCUGAGUGGAUGGGAUACUGUUUGUUCUAUGAGAGCAUGCUGGAUACCGUGCUCUUUGCCCGAGACAAGUGGCUAGAACCUGAUGGUCUCCUCUUCCCAGACCGCUGCUCCCUCUUCAUCACAGCCAUAGAAGAUCGUCAGUACAAGGAUGAGAAAAUCAACUGGUGGGAUGAUGUAUAUGGUUUUGAUAUGAGCUCAAUUCGAAAGGUAGCUAUCAGUGAACCCCUUGUGGAUGUAGUGGACCCUAAACAAGUUGUAACUGGUCCAGCUUUGGUCAAAGAAGUGGAUUUGUAUACAGUGAAGAAGGAAGAUCUGGACUUCCAUGCUCCCUUCACUCUAACAGUUAGACGUAAUGAUUAUGUCCAAGCCUUAGUGACUUAUUUUACUGUGGAAUUCACAAAAUGUCACAAACGUAUAGGGUUCACAACAGCACCUGAUGCUCCUUACACCCACUGGAAGCAGACUGUUUUUUAUUUUGAGGAUUACAUGACUGUCAAGAAGAAUGAAGAGAUAAAUGGGGUGUUUACAAUGAAGCCUAACCCAAGGAACAACAGAGAUCUUGAUUUCUCCAUUGAAUUGAAUUUCAAAGGUGAACUAGGAGAGGUGCAUGAAACUAAUAGGUACCGCAUGCGUUAGUCUGAUUUAAGUCAAUGUGUGCUAUUAAGUGCUUAGAUUUUUAGCCCUCAAUUUCCUACUCACUUUGAAGCUAGUCUGAGUUUUUUAUACCAUUUAAAUUUGACUAGUAGCAUACAGGUAAUUUGUCUUACCAUUUGACAUGACUCUGUGAAAACAUUUACUUGAGAUCUAAUGCUUUCCAUCAGGAUUAUUGUAUUCAAUUUCUCAAGGUAGCAGUUAAGGAUCUGUCAUUUUUUAGGUUGAUUUCUGAUGAUCUGUGAAAUAACUUUUAUUUAUUUUGUAAGAUCCAAAGUAAUUGAUUGUAUGAUAUUCAAUAAAUUUAUAAUUUUAUUGAU